CCGGCAGACCCGCCCCCUCCUCCGCCCAUCCUUUCUCGUUUUCCUACAGUGAGGCGGCCGCUUCGCUCCUUUUCCCUUCCCUCCCCUUUUCGGCGUCCCGUCCCUCGCCGCUUCCUUCCUCCUGUCUGUGCCAUGGAUGGUGUUGUUACAGAUCUUAUAGCAGUCGGUUUAAAGCGUGGAUCUGAUGAGCUUCUUCCUUCUGGUAUCACUUACGGGCCUUUUACCAUGAGCAGUUCUACUCCUGCUACAGCUAAUGGGAAUGAUAGCAAGAAAUUUAAAGGAGACAGAUCUCCAUGUUCCCCUUCUCGAGUCCUUCAUCUUCGUAAAAUUCCAAAUGAUGUCACUGAAGCUGAAGUCAUUUCUCUAGGUCUACCUUUUGGCAAAGUAACCAAUCUCUUGAUGUUGAAGGGAAAAAGCCAGGCUUUCCUAGAAAUGGCUUCAGAAGAAGCUGCUGUUACCAUGGUGAACUACUACACUCCUGUUACUCCUCACCUCCGCAGCCAGCCUGUUUAUAUCCAGUAUUCCAAUCACAGAGAACUUAAGACGGACAGUCUGCCCAGUCAGGCAAGAGCACAAGCUGCAUUACAAGCAGUAAAUGCCGUGCAGUCUGGAGGUCUGGCACUAUCAGGUGUCCCAACUGAGGGUGGACUGCCCUCUGCUCCGAGUUCCGUUCUUCGAAUUAUAGUUGAAAAUCUCUUCUACCCUGUAACUCUAGAAGUGCUAUAUCAGAUCUUCUCCAAGUUCGGGACUGUUUUGAAGAUUAUCACUUUCACAAAGAACAAUCAAUUUCAGGCCUUGCUUCAAUAUUCUGAUCCAAUGAAUGCACUGUGUGCCAAAAUGACUCUUGAUGGUCAAAAUAUUUACAAUGCUUGCUGCACUCUUCGUAUUGACUUUUCCAAGCUCACAAGCCUUAAUGUAAAAUACAACAAUGACAAAAGCAGAGAUUUUACUCGUCUGGACCUUCCUUCAGGUGAUGGGCAGCCUUCCAUUGACCCCACUAUGGCUGCUGCUUUUGGCACUCCAGGCAUCAUCUCUUCACCGUAUGCAGGGGCUGCUGGCUUUGCUCCUGCCAUUGGUUUUCCCCAAGCUGCAGGUCUGUCGGUCCCAGCUAUUCCCAGUGCACUUGGUCCUCUUGCAAUCACCACUUCUACCAUGACUGGUCGGAUGGCCAUCCCAGGAAUUACUGGAAUUCCUGGAAAUUCUGUCUUGCUUGUUAGCAAUCUGAAUCCUGAUGCAAUCACACCAGAUGGUCUCUUUAUCUUAUUUGGUGUUUAUGGUGAUGUCCAUCGUGUGAAAAUCAUGUUUAAUAAGAAGGAAAAUGCCUUGGUUCAGAUGGCAGAUGCAACUCAAUCACAGCUAGCCAUGAAUCAUUUAAAUGGACAGAAACUUUAUGGAAAGGUGCUCCGUGUUACACUCUCAAAGCAUCAGACAGUACAGCUCCCUCGUGAGGGACAAGAGGACCAGGGCCUGACUAAGGACUAUAGCAAUAGCCCUUUGCAUCGCUUUAAGAAACCUGGCUCAAAGAACUUCCAAAAUAUCUUCCCGCCAUCUGCCACUCUGCACCUCUCCAACAUUCCACCUUCUAUAACAGUUGAGGACCUGAAGAGUCUUUUUGGUAGUGCUGGAUGUAAUGUGAAAAACUUCAAAUUCUUUCCAAAAGACCGCAAAAUGGCUCUCAUCCAGUUGGGUUCAGUUGAGGAAGCAAUCCAAGCUCUUAUUGAGGUUCAUAAUCACAAUCUUGGAGAAAAUCAUCACCUCAGAGUUUCAUUCUCCAAAUCUACAAUCUGAUACUGGUUGGACACUUUUCUUUUUAAGGACUCUACCCACAGUUAAGAGUACUACCCACAGACAGAGACUGGAGUAGUCAAGACAAACGCUGCAUCCUUCAGUUAUGAAACUUGCGAUAAGUUCAUGUGCAUUAACAAAUCAAGGGAUGAUCUUUCCAUAUCUAUUGCUGUUCAAAAGGCUAAUAAUUCUCCAUGAAAUUUUAUUCUGUACUAUUUAAUAACAAAAUAUUUUCUGUAGAAGCCCCUUUUUCAAAUGAUUUCAGGAACAUCAGGAUUUAAUUUAUUCCAAAAUGACUGUACACAACAUUUCUGGGCCCCAUUAAAUUACCCUAUCAAAAUAAUGCUUUCAAAUUAAAUUUAGCAGAUAGCUUUACAAUACUAAAGAACUAUUAUUUUUACCUUUUAUGGACAUUUUUUAAAAUGUACUAACAUUUUAAUUAACACCUGUUGAAAACAUUGAAGGAAAGGCAGGGCCUUCUUUCUCCUUGGAAUAAUUUUUCAAAUCAAAAGAGUAGACACCGGUAAAUUGUCUUAAUGUGCUCUCAAUGACAUUUUUAACUAGGUAUUAAAUCAUGGUGUGAAGUUUAGUUUUUAUUACUAUGAAAUGAUGUGUAACAAGAUUUUUGGAGAAAAUUGAAAUUUGUCCUGAUUUCAGAUUUUUUACAUUUCUUUCAGAGAAAAAAAAUGUUUACACUCUUAAGGAAAAAAAUUCAGGUCCGUCGUUUGGUUUGACAAAUUUUUAGAAAGGUUAUUUUUGGUAAGGUCUUGUUUAAAAAUACAAAGUUAAACCUCAAGGGUUUUUUGUACCACUAUAAUCUCUAAUACUUAAAUCAAGAAUUACUGUGUAUUUACUUAAUUUCUUAUGUGCCUUAUUAUGUGCUUAUAAUGAUACAAUAGUUUAGAGUUUUAUCUGAAGUAUCUUAAACUGUAUUGUGGCUUGGUGAAAGUUUUUUCCUUGUCUUAGUUUUUAAAAGUUUGGUGAUUUAAAAAUGUUUUUAAUAAGUAAUAGUCAAAUCAGAUUUUUGGUGCUUUGGUACAGGGAUGGGGGAGGUGACGCUGAAGGCAGUUCAGUGCACAUCCUAUAAGCCUCUUCACAAUAUGUUGGGGGUUGCAGCUGAGUGACAUCACUGUUGGGCUCUAAAGAAUGUUCUCCAGUUUCUGGAUGGUAUCUAACUUGUUGAGCCAUUGGCUCUUUGAGAAUAUUUUUGUCUCAGGAUUCCUUUUUACCCAACAGAACUGGGCUUGCUGUACUAAAUGUGGACUUGCUUUCCUUCAUAAACAUCAUAACUUCAUUACUGAAUGUUCACUCUUGUUUGGAGAGCAAGAUGAGAUGCAAUUCUUAUUUUUUUUGUGAAAUAUAGGUAUAUACAAGUUAUUUCUAUGAUUGUAAUACAAUGUUUUAGAGGUGUCUCAAGGUGUUAUGUCUACUGAAAUUUUUCAUUGUUUGUAAAGUAUCCUCAAGUUUAAGGGCGAUCCUUAAAUAGCUUUGGAGUUGGACACAGAUUUUUUUUUUUAAAAAAAGAAAGAAAUGAAAUGGAGUGUAAUGACUGGUAGCGUUUAUUCAUCUUGGGGAUUUUUAGCAAGUCAAAGUAUUCUGCAGAUGUGGUUUAGCGGAAGUCUAUAGCAUUAAGAGUUUUUUAAAAUGCUAAUUUUUAAUUUUGGACCUUGGUAAAUAUCCUUGAAAUGCUAGCUUCUUGGUAACAUCACUGUCAGAUGAAAGAUAGGCAGUGAGCCUUGACUGCUGCCUUAAAUUAUAUAGCUGUAAUAGUGUGGAGGUGUUCAACUGAUCAUGAUGGGAAACAUUUGGACACUUGACUGAAAUGUGCAUUUUUACUUGUCAGCAGAAAUAUUGCUUUACACCAGGAAAUUUUAGUGUCCACUAAUGACUGACCCUAAGUUCACCAUGACUUCACAGCCAUUUGAAAAUAAAGGUGUGCAAAUCAGCAAAGGGUAUCAAGAUCUUCCCUCAGUCUAGCAAUGUAAUUAAACUGGUGCCUAACUCCAGUAUGGCACUUGAUCUUUUCAUUCUGUUGAUAUAAGUGGAACAUGGCUCUAGGUAAGCAUGUUCAGGAUGGCAACCUAGUUAGGCACGAGUUAACUAGUUUAUUGGAGUAGGGCUGUAAUGAAUACGCUGCCUCACUAAUUACAGACACCUUAAGUUUGGUCACCAUGAUGUGUUUAAUGCUGCUACAAAGGGGGCACAUUAUUGGAGUUGAAUGUAACUGUGAAGCAGGAAAAAAACAACCUGAAGUUUUGAGACAGAGCAUUAGCAGUGUAUAAUAUCAAGGGUGAGGGUGAUGUGUUUAUGUGUGCGUUUGUGUGUGUGUGUGUGUGUGCAGUGAGAAAUAUCAUGUGUAUACAGAGAUACACAUUGCAAGCAUUUAAUUUAUUGACUUAACUAAUCUAAAAGAAAGCAACUUUGUAAUGUUAAGGGAGAAAAAUGGUCAACAUGAGAAAUAGCUUCAUUCUGUCCCUAGAAAAUGUCAUUUCUAGACUAAUUGCAGUUUAUGUUGUAGGGCAUACAUUUUUAAACCUUUAAAACAGUUUAACAGAAAUUUGGAUGGUAGAUGACCAUCUUGUGUGGUCUUGUCCUAGUUAUAUUAUCAUCUUUGUUGUAGUGCAUGUGUUCUCAACACUUUGUGGUUGGCUUAUUUUUGGAAGGUUGUUUUCCAUCGCAUAUGUGAGCGAUGGCAGUACACUUUGUUUGCAUUUAAAACAAUGGUUCCAUUUACAGCAAGUUUGAUUUACUCUCCCUUCUUUAAAGAUAAGACACCUUAACCUUAUGCUUUUGAAGGCAACAUCUUUAAUUGAAGUUUGGACAAUACAAGCUUUCCUGAUUUCUUUUUUGUUCCUACACUGCAGAAUUUUAGCAUUAGAUCUCUCUUUGCCUGUCAUAAUUUGCAAUGAGUGUUCCACAGAAUUAAGAUGCUUCAGUGGAUGUGGUUAUUGGAUAGCAACCAUCUGUGCAAAGGUCUCCUUAUCAAGCAUCCUAGUAUAGAAUGACCAAUUUUCCAGAGUACAUGAUCUUUGCUAACAUUUUAUCAGCCGAGUCUCUUCUCUACUCUCUCACCAUUUAUCCGCAAAGCAAUUGAGAAUUAACACUGUGUGACCCUUGUAAAUGCUUUGGAAGUGAAAGCUGUUCAGUUCUCAAUCUCCUUCUUGUCAGGUAUUCGAAUCACUAACUCUAAAGCUGAUAAAAUACUUUCAGGCCCAUAACCAGUUAACAAGCUUUUAGCAUUUUGGCUGCAAAGACUUGGCAACAGUGCCUUUAGUAUACUGGAGGAAGGAAACAGUAUCUCAAAUAACAAUCCAUGGUUUAACAAAAUCCAAUUAAUUGUAAGAAAGAAAUUUUGAUUGAAGUGAUAUGGUAUACUCCAAAUUACCAUAACAGACCAGAGCCAAAAUAGCUUUGAAUUCAGGUAAAAGGCUUAUCAGAGUUGUGGAAGAGCUAUAUUUAAAAACUAUGUUUCAACUAAAUAGUGUAUUUUAAUAGAUUGUGAUACUCAUUACUAGAGGUUAAGCCAUAAUAGCAUUCAACCGGAGAGCAAAAAGCUGCUAGUUUUGGAAAGAAAGUGGAAGGAAUAGUAAUCUGUCACUUCCUUCCUUUCAAAAUUGGCUAAAGAAAGAAAGAGUAUGUUUGUGGUUGACACAGACUUGCAGGUGCUUUGACAGUUCAGUGUCUUGGAGUCUUUGCUUAUUAGCCCUACUACCAAAUUGGAGAAGCAAAUUUUAGAACUGUAAUUAAAACUUGGACUGUUUACUCAGCUAACACAAAUACUCAUUUGUUAAGCCUUUCCCAAACUUGGUUGCCUUUUUUGUCUCCCUGCCAGUUGCACUACAACUGUGCUUGGAGGAUACCUUGAGGGCUCCCUGUGCCUAUAUACCCAAAUGUAGCCUUGAGUUGUCUGUGUGGCACCUCUUUUUUUCUUUUCACAAAUUAAGAAAUUGUAUGCAGUGGAAUCUUGUUGCUGUAAAACAUAGCAUAGGCUUUCUUUUGGUAAUGAAGAAACCUCAGAUUUCCUUUUCAGUCUUUAUCCUCUUAUAUGUAGUAUGUAUUGGUAUUUUCAAAGGAGAGGGGGCUGAGUGGUUAACUGCAUUAAAGCAAUUUUUGUUUGCCUUUUACUUUUUUGUGGACUGGUAAUUGAACAAAACUGCCAGAUUUAAACAGUUGUGCUGAAAACUGUUCAAGUUGCACAGAGAUUUUCUUGAAGCAAAUUAACUCCUAAUUGUCUUUGCAAAGAUAUGUAUAUUGUAUAUGAGACUGUUCUCUUUCUGGAGCAAAUCUUAACAAUUAGGAAUUAUUUGAAUUUGAAAAACUUCAAAAACUUAAUUUCAGGGUUUUUACAAAGGAAAAAAACACAAAAUGGGACCAAAGUUUAUGUGCCUUCAGUAGAUGUGUAUUUUUUUUGCUAUCUAUUUCAGUCUUUACAAAUCAAUACUCUUGUUUUCAAGAAAAUAUGUAUUUAUAUAGUAAAAACCAAAUGACCCAUGAACUGUCAUGUGUGCAAUGAGUUAUAACUGUUUUAUUUGGGUUUGUUAUCCCUUUGCCUUCUACCAUUGUAGCAUCAAUAUGCUGCACCAUGCAGGAAUCCAGGUGAAAUUGUUAGGCUGUGCUUGCCUCAAUACCAUGCAAUGGAGAAACAAUACAUUAGUGGAGACCUUAGUAUGAAGACAACCUUCCAUGAUAAGUGAAGGAUAUGUGUUUUGGCAGAACUUUUGGUUCUUGAACCUAUGUCCAGUAUUAGGGAUGAUAGUGGAAAACUUAACCAGCUUCAUAUUUGGAUUCAUCUUUUAAAUGUUUUAGCUUUUUUCCCAAUUCAUCCUACAGUUCCUAUAAACGUUCACUUCAGACUCUCAAAAUAUGGUGGCUAACCAAGCAAAUUGUUGCACUGGAUUGUCACCUCAUUGCAAUGACCAAAGAUUGUCUGCUCUAGUUAUAUACUGAGACAUCUUGCCAGUUUUCUCUCCAGCUCUCUUUCCUGAAGGACUCUGUGUAAAGUGGCCUUUUUAAAUGAAUGCUGUUGGUGAAUGGACCACUCGAUGAGAGAAGCUACUUUAAAAAAAUGUGAACCAAAUGUAAUGGCAUAAGGCAAGGGGCUAAUGGACUGUGUAGUACUGUAUUCAAAAAAGGGAGCAUGAUUACAGGAGUCAGACAUUCCCUAAUUUUUCAUGUGUUCCUAAGUCCCUUUUUAAGUUUGUAAAAAUAUUCAUCUAACACAAGAAAAUGCUGUAAAUAUUUGUAACAACAUUUUUUACCUGGCAAAAAAAGGUUUUUGGGAACAAGUAUAAAAUGGUUUUUAUAUUAAAUAAAACAUCAAUUGUCUUGUAUAUUUUGAUAAGCAACAAUACCAGCUUUCAUUUGUUAAGCAGCUUGUGGCAUUGGAGGAGGGAAAAGGAUUCCAUAUUGUUCAGAUGACUUGAUGUUAUAAAUGCAAAGAAGUUGAAAUAUUAAAGAAACUAUUUUCUAA